AUGGGCUCUCACCCCGUAACCAGCAGCCUUCCCCCCAUAACCAGCAGCUCUCACCCUGUAACCAGCAGCCUUCCCCCCGUAACCAGCAGCUCUCACCCUGUAACCAACCAGCAGCCCUCACCCCGUAACCACAGCCCUCACCCUAUAACUAGCAGCACUCACCCUGUAACCAGCAGCCUUCCCCCCAUAACCAGCAGCUCUCACCCUAUAACCAGCAGCCUUCCCCCCAUAACCAGCAGCUCUCACCCCGGUGACGUGCCAGCAUGGCCGGAGGAGGAGCUGUGGGUGGUGCAGGUGAGCCCGCGGGUGAGCGGCCUGGGCCGCUGCCGUGCACCUGGGCGUGCGUCCACCCAGCAGAGACAAGCUCGGAGCCGGCCCCUGGUGUCUCCCAGCACAGGACAGGAGGGCAGCAGUGGCCUGAACCUGGAGCCACCCUCAGCCACACUAGGAUGCUUGGUGUCAGUUCAAGCGCACGAGGAGGAACAGGUAUGGACGCCAAGUGAUCAUCUGGAGACGGGGCACAAGGCGUCAGGGCGGAUCACGCGCAGCAAAGGGCAGCGGCGCUUACCUCCCGGGUAA